GAGGAGGGAGGCCUCUGUCCUGUCAGGAGGCGGAGUGUCGGCCCGGCUCCCGGAUUGGCCUGCCAGGCGCCGCGGACCCGGCCUCCCUGCACCCGGGAAGGGCGGAGCGAGGCCGGGCGGGAGGGCGCUGCUUUCCUCGCCGGCUUCGGUGACGCCGCCGACGCUUCCUCCUUUCCCUCACCGCCCUGCCCGCCUUCCCCGUCGCUUCCCCUCAGGGCCUGAGUUUCGGGGCCGCCGGAGCGCCGCGUGACGGGGCGGAGAGGCAGCCGCCGCCGCCGCCGGAGGAGGGUGUCGGGUGAGGAAUCCGCCGAGGCCUCUGCGGCGAGGGAGGCCGGCCGGGCCUGCGCUUGGCCGAGGCUGGGCUUGAGGGGGGGGCAGCCGGGGUGAGGGGACCUGCCCGACCGACCGACCGGGGAGGGGAUGAUAUUGGGGGGGGGUCCGUCUUCACAGCCCCCCAGCCUAAACCUGGGACGGGAGGAACGAGGGAAGCCGGGGCGUGACAUGGCACAUGGCAAUUUUUAUUUUUUAUUUUUUGGGUCGACGUGAAUUAGGGUAGGGGAAGGGGCUGCCUAUGACUCGGUUAGCCACCCCCCCAAAAAAAAAAAUUAAAAUACACCGCCAGGUUUCAGUUUCUGUGAUUACAGCCUCUCUCUCCCCCCCCCCCCCCAAUCCUCAGCUCAAUGCCAGGCUUUUAUAGUUGCAUCCCCGCUUCAAAUCCAAAAUUCAGGGCCAGGUUUCAGCUUCUAGAAUUAUUACCCCCCCACCCCCGCCAAAAAGAUCCAAAAUUCAAUGCCAGGCUUCAGCUUCCAUAACUUCGCCCCACCCCAAUCCAAAAUUCAGGGCCAGGUUUCAGCUUCUAGAAUUAUUAACCUCCCCCCAAAAAAGAUCCAAAAUUCAAUGCCAGGCUUCAGCUUCUAGAAUUAUGUGCCUCCUCUCCAAAAAUAAAUAUAUCCAAAAUUCAAUGCCAGGUUUCAGCUUCUAGAAUUAUGUGCCUCCUCUCCAAAAAUAAAUAGAUCCAAAAUUCAAUGCCAGGCUUCAGCUUCUAGAAUUAUGUGCCUCCUCUCCAAAAAUAAAUAGAUCCAAAAUUCAAUGCCAGGUUUCAGCUUCUAGAAUUACAUUACGUGCCCCCUCUCCAAAAAGAUCCAAAAUUCAAUGCCAGGUUUCAGCUUCUAGAAUUACACCCCCACCCCCUUCCAAAUUAAGUAUCAGCUUCCAUAAUUACAAUACCCCCAGAAUUCAAAAUUCUGUGCCGCAUUUCAACUUUCAUAAUUACCCUCCCUAAUAAUAAUAAUUCAGUGCCAUGUUUCAUGGGGCGUAGCCAGGAUUUAUGUUGUGGGGCAGGCUUCAUGUUGGGGAGCCCCCCAAACCUCAGUUAAGUAUUUUUAUUGAUUUACUUGAUGGGGGGCAGCUGCUUCCCUGCCCCCCCAGGCUGUGCCCAUGCUAUGUUUCAACUUCCAUUAAUCCAUUUGCUAAAAAAAAACCCCACCCCAAACGCUUCAUUGUUUCUGGAAGACAAGAAGGAACAAUAAUUCUGGGUGUGCAGAGUAUGUACCACUCUAUUGUUGUUGAGCCUUUCUCUUUUUCUCUCUCUCUCUGCAUCAAAGACUGUGUGCACCUUGCGACAGAACUGUGAAAUUUGGAGGCAGGUAAGGCUGCUGUAUCUGCCUGAGUUGUUGCUCCAGGUUUGCUUUUCUGUUACUAUUUCCUUGGGCAUAUGUGCAAUGCAGUGACCGAAACGGAGGGGCUAGGCCUGGGAUUAGCAAACUUUUUCAGCAGGGGGCCAGUCCACUGUUCCUCAGACCUUGUGGGGUAGGCAGCCUAAGGCCAGGGGGCCGGAUGCAGCCCAGUCGUCUUCUCAAUCUGGCCCAUGGACGGUCCGGGAAUCAGCGUGUUUAUAUUGCCCCUUUCAAGGUAAAAAAUCGUGCUAGGGCUCCUUACAAUAAGUAUCAGGCUACUAUUUCAGGAAUCAUCAGCAUCAUGGCAUCCUGGACUAUUGGGCCGUAUCUGACUAUCAGUUCACCAGCAUGCCAGACCCAAAACUGACUAGGAUGUGUUUCAUAGUGAUGGCCAGGUUCCUAGGUAGCUUCUCAGGCACUGGACAAGUUCAUGGAGAAUAAGUCUCAACAGUGGCGAUGUAGAAUCUCCAGGAUCAAAGAGUGACAAUGUGAGCUGCUGGGAAGCAGCAGUAGGGGAUGGCUAAUGUCUUCAUACCCUGCUUGUUGACUUCUGUAAGGUGUAGGGGUUGGUGACUGUGGAAGAUUGAAUGCUGGACUCCAUGGACCUUUGGCUUGAACUAGCAAGGCUCAUCUUGUUUAACUAUAAUGGGGAGUGUCUAGGAAUAUUUGCAUAUAGUCUAGAAUAAAAAAAAUAGUAACAACAAAAGCAUCAGUAACUUGAAACAUAACCACGAGUCAAAUGAAAUCAAAAUUAUUUAUGAAAUCAAUAUUAAAUAUAGGUAACACUUAACAGGGAACCAUGCAUUCAAAAGAUCCCCAAAGACAGCUGUGGGUCAAAGGAAUAAGAUCUGAUGCUGGCUUGUGGUACUUCAAAUAAAAUAAAUGAAAAUAAUUGCAUAGGGUUUAUCAGAAUUUCUGCAGGACUGGGCCACGAUCAAAUAGCCUACAAAGAAACAGUAAGAAAUGGAAGUAGUAGGAGACCUGUCCCCAGUUCUGCUAAAUCCAUGAGGUAGAAUGAUAAUAAAACAAUAAUCAUAAUUACCUACCAGGAUACAUGUCCAAGAAUAAAAUAUUUUUAGAACUGAGAGUACUCACUUCUUUCAAAAGAAGAUUCACCCCACCCCCAGUUCAUUCAAAACAUAGUACAGAGCAUUGACCAGGCCAUGCAACAGCUCUUGGAUGCUAUUAGUUUUGCAACUUAAUAUUUCAUUUUUGGUUAAAUACUGUGUUGUUUCAACGCAGACUUGAAUGGGUCACAGAGAUAAAUUCUCUCCUGUUUGGAAUGGAGUGAAAAUGUCCAUCUCAUCUAAAGAUCCAAUCGGCGUUUAUUAGAGUUCCACCCCUGCAAGACUCCAUUGUCCAAAAAUAUAAGGCUUAUGACUCUAUUUCUAUGCUUUAUGGCAGGAAGAAUGACUUGUGCUUCUUAAAACCAACCUUUGAUUGAAACAGGAAGUGGAGCUGUUUCUUCUGUGCAGCCCCUCAGAACUCAAAAACUGCCUGAAAAAGGACAUAAGUAGCAGUUGAUAUGCGCUAAAGGCCUUCACAGUAUAUGCUAGCAACACCUGCAAUGUUUUCACUUUUCCCAAUAUGUGUUUCCAGAGAAAUGCACACUGACUUGGGUCAGUCUCAGUUCUCUCCCCCCCCCCCCCCCGGUAUGUUUUAACAGCAUAUACAAUGUUGAAAUGCAUCCACAUUUCUUAAAACACUGAUUUUAGCAGACAUACAAUAUUGGAUUCUAAUAAGUACUUAUUAAAGGGAUUAUCUUUUGAAGCGAACCUAGGAGACUUGCAGGUGCUUAACAAUUUAAAAUCUGUUUCUUUUUUAGUCCCUUAAAAGAAAGGUUUCUAAAAACUUAAUGAUUUUUUUCUGUUUUGCUAGAAACGAUCAACAAGGAAAGGGUGCGCUUGCUAGUUCCUUACAUUUGGCAGAUACUGCAUGGUAGCCAUUGUCUCACUGUGCUCCAUUCCCAUUUCUAAAUUUCUAACAUUUAGGCCUCUUGUUUGUCUAAUAUGGGUUAUACUUCUUCCUUUCAGGGCAGCAACCAUAUCACCCCUGUUGUUGUGUAGUCCAGUAUUAUUAAAAUACUUAUUUCUGUACAUAUCUUUUCAUGUAUUAGCUCAGUUGAAAAAACAAAAAUGAAUGAACUGUGUUGCUUUUUUUUGUUGGUGAUCACAACUAUCUUUUUUACUUCUAGUCCAAGCAAAUAUAUCAUAAUGGCAGCAGAUUCUAUGGAAAUUGAUGAUGCUUUGUACAGGUAAGUAAUUUAGCAACAUAGUGAAGCAUACGAGAUUCAUAAUAGUACUAAUGAUGGAUUUGGCUUGUUUUCGCUAAAGUUCAAAUACUAGUGGGUCCUGAUGUCAGGAACACACCAUAGCUGCCAUGAUUCUUGAUCUUCAAUGGGGUUUAGCUAUUGCCAACUUGCUAUUACAUACAGUUGAAUAGUCUAUAUUGGCACAACUGAAAAGCCUUUGUUGCAGUGACUGAAGAGCAAAUUCAAAUAGCAUUUGGGAAAUAGGUGCUGAUUAUGUGAUAACCGUCAAAUCUUGGGCAAAUCUUUUGCACUGGGUUUAAAGAACAAUGCAUAAUCUCAUCUAAAACUAUGUUUAAGGAAACCCCUUAAUUAUUUUCUGUACUUGACUUAAGUAGCAUUUUCUUUAGAUAGAAUGCCUUUAUCAUCAUGUGCCGAAACAAUGGCCUAGCUUGAAAUUAAAAAUGGCAAUAUUCUUGGCCAGCAUCAUAGAUUACUUUUGCUGUAGUCCUCCACACAGACUGCUUGAAUCCAAUUUCAUUUGCAUCCAGGAUUACAGCCUUUGUGCUUAGUGCUCUCAUGAGUAGGAAUACAAAAGAAAGGCAAAUGUUUUGAAAAUCAUGUUACUGCAGUAUACAUUUGUAGUAUGCUGUAUGUUGAAAGUACCAGUGGUAAUGCUUAUUUUGUGUUGAAACGCUGUACCCUGCAGAUAAUAGGCAAUAUCCAAAUUUUGCUAUUUCAUAGUGAUUUCCUGAUGCCAAAUUAUCUUUUUCCACUUGGAUCCUCUUUGUUAAGUAGUCCCAUUUGUAGAAGGGAUCAUGCCAAUGAAUAGUUACUUUAUGGCUAUUUACUCCUUUUUUCUUUUCUUAAUUGCACAUAGUCGGCAGAGGUAUGUUCUUGGAGACACGGCAAUGCAGAAAAUGGCUCAGUCCCAUGUGUUCCUGAGUGGAAUGGGUGGCCUUGGAGUGGAGAUAGGUAAUUAAGAAACAGCAUUUUUCUCCCUCUUGUACGUUUUAUAAGGAUAAAAUUUGCAUAUUAAAAUGUGCAUAAAUUUAUGUUGUACUAAGUUUUGCGUCUUUAAUGAAUGUUGUUUUGACUUCGGGAUUUGUUUAUACGGCUGAUAUCUUUGUUACAGAUUAUAAUGAAAGUGGAAUUGCAUAGAAUUUCUGUAGCUUCUCUUUUAACAGUUGUGUAAUUCAUAGGGAUGGGAUUGAGAAGGAAUUACUGUUUUUCGAAGAUCAUGGAGCAGUUUAAAAAUUGAACUAUUGCCAAAGAGGCUUGAUGAAAAUUAAUCUAAUAAAUUAACUUUAUAAUAUUCAUCUUUUUCAGCUAAGAACAUAGUUCUUGCAGGAAUAAAGGUAAGGAGAAUGAUUUUUUUCUAAGUACGGUAAAUUUUGUUUUAAAAUUAGAAUGUUUCCUCAAAUAACUGAUGAUACUUUCGUAGAUUUCAGUCAUUGCAAUUUCCCUAGUGAAAUGUUAUUAACACAAGUUUCCUAAAUGUGGCAUGCCAUCUGAUUUGACUGUAGUGCUGGAGUGUCCAAGAUGAAAUACUGUAUGUUUUCUGUGGGAAGAAUAGCUGUGCGUGUGCCACCAUCUAAGCACUGGCAUGCUAGAGGAUAGGACUGUUCUCUGCUCUCCAAGAGGCAUUAUGGGUUUUUGUUUUCCAUUGACUUCAAGAAUUCCAUCUUGAUAGUUCUGCUUUAAAAACAACUGAAAUACAGUGACUAUUUUUAGGCAUUUUGGUUCUAUUAGAUGGCAACUAAAACUCUGGUAAAGGACCUCAAAUAUUAUUUUAAAAAAUCAAUACCUGCAGCAUAUGGGAUCUUUUAAAGCAUUUAGAACCAUAAGCUACUUUUUGUAGCGUUGUAUGGGAUGCGGGUGGCGCUGUGGGUAAAACCUCAGCGCCUAGGGCUGUCAGGUCGGCGGUUCGAAUCCCCGCGGCGGGGUGCGCUCCCGUUGCUCGGUCCCAGCGCCUGCCAACCUAGCAGUUCGAAAGCACCCCCGGGUACAAGUAGAUAAAUAGGGACCGCUUACUAGCGGGAAGGUAAACGGCGUUUCCGUGUGCUGCGCUGGCUCGCCAGAUGCAGCUUGUCACGCUGGCCACGUGACCCGGAAGUGUCUUCAGACAGCGCUGGCCCCCGGCCUCUUAAGCGAGAUGGGCGCGCAACCCCAGAGUCGGACACGACUGGCCCGUACGGGCAGGGGUACAGUGGUACCUCACAAGACAAAUGCCUCGCAAGACAAAAAACUCGCUAGACGAAAGGGUUUUUUGUUUUUUGAGCUGCUUCACAAGACGAUUUUCCGUAUGGGCUUGCUUUGCAAGACGGAAACGUCUUGCAAGUUUGUUUCCUUUUUCUUAACACCGUUAAUACAGUUGCGACUUGACUUUGAGGAGCAACUCAUAGAACGUGGUGUGGUAGCCUUUUUUGAGGUUUUUAAAGACUUUGGUGAUUUUUGAAGCUUUUCCAAAACUUUCCCGACACCGUGCUUCACAAGACGAAAAAAAUCGCAAGACGACAAAACUCGCGGAACGAAUUAAUUUCGUCUUGCGAGGCACCACUGUACCUUUACCUUUACCUAUAUGUGCUGGCAUGGGUAAAAAACACAAUUAGAGAUGUGAAGAGCAAGGACAGUCCAGAAUAGAAGAAAAUGGUCCUGUCUGGGGACAGUGGGAAGUGUUUGCUCUUCCAAAACUUCUGUGGGAUUCAGUAAUAUAUUCUCAAUAUUCCUCAGCACCAGAAGUCUUCAUUUAGGAUUUCUGCAUUUUAAAUUUGGUCACUGCAUUUCAGUGUCCUUUGCGGUGCUGAAUGAAUCCUCCCUCCAAUGGUGCUUCACUACGUACUUUUGCAAAUUAAUUUUUGUUGCUAGAUAACAGUGUCCCUUCACUGUAAAACAAAUGAAAUGUCUAGGUUGGCCCUACGCUAUAAACUUGAUAAAUUCACAUGACUCGUAAUCACAGUGUACAAAACAUUAUAUAAUUGCCGCUUUGAAUAUAUUUUAAUCUUGUAUCCUUUAUCCUUUCCGAAGGCUCUUACCAUCCAUGAUACCAAGCAAUGCAAGACGUGGGAUUUAGGGACAAACUUUUUUGUUCGUGAAGAUGAUGUUCUAAAUUUAAGAAACAGGUCUGUGUACAAUUCUUCACAAAUACUGUAAGCUUUUAAAGGUUUUUGUCUGACUUUAUACCAGUUUUAAGUACAUUAUUAUUAUUAUUAUUAUUAUUAUUAGUCACUUUCAGAGUCUGUGUUUUCAGAAAAAUUGGAUUGAUUCCUGUUAGCUUUUUGCAACAGAGAAGCUGGAAUUGCAGUUAUCUUUCAUCGAUUUUUUUUUUUAAAAGAAUGAGUACAAUUAUCCUGCAGAAUUGUUGUAUUCUUUUGUGUGAAGGAGUAAACCCACACCAUUAUCUGUGCUGAAUAGACGAUAUGUGGGAGCCAAGGAUAUACAGUAGCUGCUUAUUUUUUAGUUCUACUGUUUUACAUUAGUAGUUUGUAACUAAUAUGGAUCCCUUUUUCAGUUGAAAGCAAUAUCAAAGGAAAGCAACAUGAUACAAAAUGCUUUAACCAAUUUACUUUUACAUAUAAUCUAGUGCUUUAAAAACCUCCACAAUACUAUGAUAAAAUUAUUUGUAUCAUAAACAUUGUUUGACAGAAUGAUAUGCUUAAAAUUGUGGUCACCACUAUAUAUGGUAAAUAAUAUUUCCAGUUGAUGGAUGUUGUUUCAGCCUUGUGGUCUUUCUCUAGUGGCAUCAAUGUUGCAAAUAGUGGGUUAACAACAACAAAAGUGUGACAGGGCAUUUCAGGCCUUCAUAGAUUGAGAGUUGUAUCCUUCAAGGAUAUUGUCCUCUGUUAAGAUUCACUGCAUGAAACAAUACAUUUCGGGGGGGGGACUUUCUGUGGGAAAAUUCAGCAGUGGAAAACUUUACAGCACACAUAACUACAAUAUUUCCUCAGUGAAACAUUUUCUUCAGUAGAUAAUGCAUUUAUACCUAAGUUAGAGUGUGAAAUAUCUUUCAGAGGGACAGAUUGGACUUUAACAAAGCUACGUUUUCUGUGAAGUCUGCAAUUAAAAUGAUAGUCGGUGACAGAUCACAGUUGCACAUUUAACUUGACCUUUGUGGUUAACAGUUGAAUCAGAAGCACAGGUAACUUAAGUAAAACCUUAGCUUAACCAGCUGAUGUUGGCUUAGAUCAGCUUGGCCAAUGAUGAUGGGAGUUAUACUCCAAGAAUCUGUGGAGCGCCCCACUUUGGUUGCCCCUAGGUAAAAUCAUUUCCUCAUUGAAACAUUUUCUUCAGUAGUUAAUGCUGAACUCUAAAUCAUUAGAGUUUUCAAAAUCAUGUGAUCGAAGUUACAUACAUACAUACUGAGUUCACACAGUUUUAUAAAUAACUGGUUGUCUGGUAGGUAAUAACUCAACCAGGUAGGGAUGUUUUCCUAAUUUGGAUGAUUGGUACUUUUCAACCUUCCAGAAAGUUGGUGUACUAAUCAUGGCUGACUUGAACAUUUAUGUUAGCAGGUGCUCUAGUAAUGUUUGGUGCCACAUUUGAAAGGCUGAACUUAAAAGUAUAACCUAUUGAUAAUGCAACUGGAAAAUGUAUUUCAGAGGUGAGGCAUCCCUUCAUCACAUUGCAGAGCUGAAUCCAUAUGUCCAGGUGAUGUCAUCAACUGCCCCUUUAAAUGAAGUUACAGACAUCUCUUUCCUCAGACAGUACCAGGUAUGUGGCAUGUAUUUGAAACAUCUGUCCUCUUUUCAGGGGUCUGCAAAUUUCGGCUGUUUGCGUAGGCAAUCAUUAUUUUAUGACUACAGUGGUGCCUCGCAAGACGAAAUUAAUCCGUUCCGCGAGUCUCUUCGUCUUGCGGUUUUUUCGUCUUGCGAAGCACGGCUAUUAGCGGCUUAGCGGCUAUUAACGGCUUAGCGGUUAUUAACGGCUUAGCGGCUUUAAGAAAAAGGAAAUAAACUCGCAAGACGUUUCGUCUUGCGAAGCAAGCCCAUAGGGAAAUUCAUCUUGCGGAACGACUCAAAAAACGGAAAACUCUUUCGUCUUGCGCGUUUUUCGUCUUGCGAGGCAUUCGUCUUGCGAGGCACCACUGUACUCCUGACUUUCCUUAACAUUCCCAGAGUCCCUUUGCAAAUACAAAAUACUUGAGAAAGGGGUGGGUUCACUAUCUCACUUUGUUGGGAGGGAUUUGAAGGUACUUAAUGGUAGAAGCAAGAGAACCUACCCCAUCUCCAUCUUACAGAGGACUUGCAGGUGGUGGUGGAUGAGUGGAAUAAUUCUUUCACUUCGUGGGGUAGUCUGAAGGCAUUCAGAGGCAAGAGGAAUUUUUGUAGCUUUUGCAUGGGCACAAACUGAGAUACUAACCCUUCCCUCAAGUCCUUUAGCUGCACCUUGGUUGAGCAGAACAAGCGAAGCACCUGUCCAGGUGGGAGAGAGAUACCAAGGCUAAGAGAAGCUGGAAUGCUUGUUCUGAUGGCUCAUAGUUCAGUGUCAGAAAUGUGCAAAUCCUUGUAGCUGUGGCUAUAUAACAGGCUUCCUCAACCUUGGCCCUCCAAAUGUUUUUGGCCUACAACUCCCAUGAUCCCUAUCUAGGAGGACCAGUGGUCAGGGAUGAUGGGAAUUGUAGUCUCAAAACAUCUGGAGGGCCGAGGUUGAGGAAGCCUGCUAUAUAACUUACCAUUUGAAGAAACUUGAAUAUUUGGCUAGUAAGUUCAUCGCCUUUGAUAACUUAGAAUUUAUCUCUGGGAUUUUUCUUUCAAAAGUGUGUCAUAGUAACUGAGAUGAAGCUGUCACUACAGAAGAAGAUAAAUGACUUUUGCCGUGCGCAACACCCACCUAUUAAGGUAAUGCAAAACAGUGACAAUGUAAUAUAUUGACCCAAAAUGGCCAUGUCUAUUACUUUUGAGAACUUCCCCAUAUCUGUUACAAGGCUAAAUUAUUUCCACGCAGACACUAUUAUAACUUGGUGCUGUUCCUUGUUCUGUUCCUGGAUAUGCCUGUGCCAAAUGCCCAUGAAGAACUAAGUUAUUAGUUUCCUCCUAGAGGUUGGAACCCUUUAGAGUACAGUAGAACUGAGUAGUGAGAACAAAAUGAAGGUAUCUGAGGAGUUUCUGGCUGCAUUUGUGUUGAGUAUAUAGAAUCCAGGUGCCGGGCACUUAGAGGUCACACAGUUCCAGGCAUUCUGGAUGAAAGUGCUCACAUUAAUCUGUUUUAAUCCAGUUUAAGGCUGGAGUUCAGUAAGAAACAGGUUCCAUUGUGUUGACAUAGAAGUAUUCCAUACCACUGACCAUGGUAUUGUUCUGGACCAACUCGCUGAAUUGCUGUCUGGGUUUGGUAUUCAGUUGGUUGGGAGCUCGUAUAAGCUAAAGCUCCCAGGCAAAAUAGAGGUUAUUUGUGGGUAGCUUGUUUGACCUGGGAUGUGAUUUGAUCCUGUUCUGAUUAGGGUUACAUUCCCUCUCAAAGAUCAGGCUUGUCUUUGGAGACCCAAGUGGCUUUGGUGGCACAAACUUCCUUUCAACACACCUAAACCUAAUCUGCCAGCUCCAAUCCCUCCUGGACAGAGAGUUUCUGUCCACAGUUAAUCCGUGCUCUGGGAGCAUCUUGUUUGAAUUGUUGCAGUUGCUGUAUGUGUGUCUGCUUUUGUUGGAAGCUACAGUUAGUGCAAAAUAAAUAUGCUAGAAUGCUCACAUGCCCAGUCAGCAGAUCUCAUCAGUUUUAAAAUAACUACACUAACUCCCAGUCAGUUUCUGGGCACAGUUCAAAGUGCUGAUUUUAACUUUUAUAGAGCUCUAAGUGGCUGAGGACCUUGGUACCUAAAGGACAAUCUCCUUCAACAUGAACCAGCCACCUUUUAUCAAGCGGCUGGAAUGCUGUAUUAAAAUCCUUAUACAAAAAGAAACCCCAUGGUUUUUUGGGACCACACCAGGUAAUAUGCUGGACAGAGCAGAAUAAUGGGCUGGUAGAGAAUAAACCCACAAGGAACAUAAUUCACUUAAAAAUAAAUUUAUUUAAGGAAAUUGGAAUAUAUAUGGCAUUUAAAAUUAAGGAAAGAAAACAUAAAAUGGCAAAAUACAUAAUGUAGAAAAGACAAGCUUGUUUAGGCGUGUUAUCCUUCAUUUGACUCUAUAUAGCAGAUGUAAUGGCUACCAGGCUUCUUCAAAUCUUAUAUAAUCUUUUUGUUAAAAUAGAGAGAGCUCUGUUGUUCUGCGGUAAAGUGGCAAGGAGAAGCAGAAAGUUAUACGCCAUGGUAAAUUCACACCAACUGGAAGUUUUCCAGACAAAGGCAACCUUUACUUUUGAAUUGUCCAUUUUUUCUCCUUGUAAUCAAAAACUGAUACAGUCAGGAUGAGUAAAACACUGCAUUUUAGUCAAUGGAAGAAAGGGUUGGUAAUUUUUUGACUCCUGGAAGAGGAAGCAGAUAAAAUUUUCAAACCUCAUGCAAAUGCAGGGAAGAGACAAUUACACACUGAUUGUAUGUCCUCAAAUAUAUACCUUAGUACCUGUAUGAGGUGGAGAUUUCCCUACUGGAAAUUGUACACUUAAUGCAGUCAAACCAAUGUUUGGGAAGGAAGAAUCAUUUGGGGGCUAUCCUCUUAAUUUUUAUCUCUUUGCUUUGAAUUAUGAUUGUGAAAUUUAUUUAACUUGUCUUUCGUAUAGUUUAUAAGUGCAGAUGUAUACGGGAUAUGGGCACGUCUGUUUUGUGACUUUGGUGAUGAAUUUGAAGUCCUGGACACCACAGGUGAAGAGCCAAAAGAAAUCUUCAUUUCAAACAUAUCUCAGGUGAGGACGAUAGCAAGGUUUACUAUAUCAGUCCAGUUUGAGAGUCCAGUGUAUUCUGAGGAAGCUAGUGUGGUGGGGUUUAGUUAGCCCAACAGUUUUUGAACUUAAAAAAGUAUGCCAUCAGUUUGCCAUUAACUUACGUAUAACAGAAUUAUAGGAACUACCUAAGCGUAGCUGCAAUAAUUCAUGAGUUGUGAAUUAUGUGUUACAGAACUUGCAACUGUAGCACAUGCUACUCUGGGAGCAUAGGCACAAUUACAGCUUUUCCCAAGUGUAUGAAUUGGGCAAGCGAAAAGGGUAUAUGAGGCAAACCAUUACUGUGAUUUUAUUUUGUUGUAUCAGCCACAGAGAAAACACAUACCCUUUUCUUGGUGCCAGAAGUGACCGGCCCUACCAGUUCUGUGACUCCCUUUCUUGAUACCCCAGAACUAUGUACGCUAUGACUCAAACCCAGGGCUUCAUCUACUCUGCUAAGAAUAUACUUUUUGGGUGGGUUCAGCUAAGAAACUACACAUGCAUUUAAAUAGGUACUGUCUAUUGUAUUUGAAAAAUAACAGUACACCGCUGGCUUCUGGUCAUUUAUUUGGAAAUACAGGUAGUGAGCAUCUGGUCAUAGAUGUCCUCACCACCUUUAGUUUUAUGUAUAAUAAAGAACUGUUUCAGGUUUGGGUGUCUGAGGUUGUUGCAUCUUUAUGGAUUGAAGAAAGGAGAAUAUUUGUCCUUUUAAAUAUAUACGUAACUUAAAAGAGUGAAACUUUUUGAAAAUGAAAAACAAUGCUAUUGCCAGUUUAGAUUCUACCACACAAGUGAAUUUUUGGCAGUAUCUAUGCUGCAGUUGCAGUGAUUUUCAAUCUGUGUAUUUGUAGGAGCCAAGAAAAUGUUUGUGUGGCAAUGUCUAGCAAUCAUUUCUUCCCCAUACUAAUUUUUGGUGUGUUACAAUUUCAGUCCAAUCCUGGUAUUGUCACUUGCCUUGAUAAUAACCCUCAUAAGCUUGAAACGGGACAGUUUGUAACUUUCCGGGAAGUUAAUGGAAUGCAGUGUUUAAAUGGAUCCACGCAUCAAAUAACUGGUAAGCCAUGUUUGUAUAGCUUUCCUGCUUGUGCGAAGCCACUGCUUUCCAAAUUGAUAGAACUGCUUUUUCCUUUCAUGUUGUUCUGCUGUGUGUGCUGCCUUAACUCUGUUGCUGCCAGUUCACAACAUUGUUGUUCAGCAUUGCACCAUAGUUGGGAGACAUGGCGUGAAACUCUCUGUAGAAAUGCCUGCAUCAAAUUUUGAACUCGGGCUUUUAAAUAGAGGGCAGAACUUCAGCAACUUGCUUAAGCUUCUCCCCAUGACAAGCAGGAGUUAAAUACAGUGGUACCUCGGGUUAAGUACUUAAUUCGUUCCGGAGGUCCGUUCUUAACCUGAAACUGUUCUUAACCUGAAGCACCACUUUAGCUAAUGGGGCCUCCUGCUGCCGCCGUGCCUCCGGAGCACGAUUUCUGUUCUCAUCCUGAAGCAAAGUUCUUAACCUGAAGCACCACUUUAGCUAAUGGGGCCUCCUGCUGCCGCCGUGCCUCCGGAGCACGAUUUCUGUUCUCAUCCUGAAGCAAAGUUCUUAACCUGAAGCACUAUUAUUUCUGGGUUAGCGGAGUCUGUAACCUGAAGCGUAUGUAACCUGAAGCAUAUGUAACCCGAGGUACCACUGUACAUUGUAGAAAUGUGCUUGCUUUGCAUAAUCCUGGAAUUGUAGAUUUGGAAGGGACCCUGAGAGUCAUCUAGUGCAACCCCCUCUAAUGCAGAAAUCUCAAUUAAAGCAUCCAUGACAGAUGGCUAUUCAACCUCUCCUUAAAAGCCUCCAAUGAAGGAGAGUCCACCACCUAAGAGAAUUGUACAUGUUUAGUGUUAACUCUUUGAAAGUCAAUUAGGUUUGCAGAUCCUGUAUAAAAUCAAAAGUGUUUUUCUGCUCUUUCUGUAGUUCUGCUUCAUUUAACUACCUUGUUAACAGCGAUUUACACUUUCUCCUCUCUUACAGUGGUAUCACCUUAUUCUUUUAGCAUUGGGAAUACGGUGGAUAUGGAACCUUACUUACAUGGCGGCAUAGCUAUCCAAAUAAAGACGCCUAAGAUAUUCCAUUUUGUAAGUAUCCUGCAUAAAGACAACAGUCAGCAGUGAUCACAUCUGUUUUCACCUCUAGAAAUCAUUGAAGCUUGGUGCUCAGGCCAGAGAUCUGACUUGUUGAAUAAAAAUAUUAUUUAGCCCUUCUCCAUAUGAGGCACCUGUAUAACUUGAUCUCAAAAGGGCAAGGUUAUGUUAAAAUGUCAGAACAUAAAAUCAGGGAUACAUAAAUUCACUUACCACCCCACCUUCUUACUAUGGUGAACGUCUCUCGUUUCUUCUGGUGGUUGUGCUGUACUUCAAAGGGGUUUGCAGUACAUUGGAUGUAUAACUACAGGGACAGUUCUUCUCCCUUGAUUCCGAUUUUGUCUUGAGCUUUGGAGGUGUUUGAAGCCCCUUGAUUCAAGGAAGUAGUCUACACAUCUUUUGCUUCGCCUUUGCCUCAGAGUACCUGUAGGGCACAACACAAGGUUAGGUACAGUUCCUGGUCUUCUCACUUGGGUUGCAAAGGGUCUGUACAUCAGAUCACACAUUUUUAAGUUGCACAUUUAAGCAUUGUAACUUGGAACAUGAUGUGUUCCAAACUCCUUUUGUCCCCACUGCAAUGUUUUCUACAAGUUUUGCUCUUUACAUUCUCCUGUACCAUGACACCUAUUCACUUACUAUACAUAGCAGGGAGUAAAAGGGUGCAUUCAUUGUGAUGGAGGCUAAACCCAUCCCUUGCUCCUAGUGAGAUUUGUAUCUGUGGUGCAGAGGUAGGUUUUCCUCUCCCCAACAGUCUUUCCCAUUUAAUGUGUUCCUAGCGAGCUAUGAUGACUCCCAUUUCUGGUUUAUUUUUUGAAUUGUAUCUACAGUUACACCCUGCUAAAGUUUGCAAGCUAAUCCUGGGAAGGUUUGGGAAAUUUUAAAGAUGCUUGCAUGUACUUUGCUUUCUUCUGUUCUAAAGUGUGUGCAAAUUGAUUUUUUUAACUUUUAGCAACAGCUGGAGAAGCAGUUGAUUAACCCAACAUGCCUCGUUGCAGAUUUCAGCAAGCCUGAGGUUGGUUUUGCUUUGUUUUGUUUUUAAUAUGACACUUUGAUGUUUAAAUAUUGUAUACUGCAUUUGUUUUCCCCUUAAGGCUUUAGUGGCUCUUGUUCUUGCUGUAACAAGCUAAUGUAAUCCUUAGAGCAGAGCUUUCCAGACCUUUCAUGCUGGUAACAUGCUUUUUAGACAUGCAUCAUUUCGUGAGUUUUACUAGCAAAGUGGAGGUUAAACUAACCCCUUUCCAUCCCUGGGAGGAGCGUGGGGAGCAUUCAUGCGACACACCUACACACUGCAGACGACACACUAAUGUGUCAUGACACAGUUUGGAAAGUUUUGCCUUGGAGUAUACAGACUUCUUCUUAUGUGAUUGCUCUGCAUAUUACUGAUCAUCCACUAUUUUCUCCUCCUUGCAGGCCCCUCUGCAAAUUCACAUUGCCAUGCUUGCCUUGAAUCAGUUCCAAGAGAGUUUUGCUCGUAUGCCGACAAUUGGGUAACGUAUCUGUACCACAGCUGCACAAAGUUUGGGUUGUUGGGUACACUGUUAAUAUAGUUAGAGGUGGAGAGAUUGUUAUCGAUAGCAGUUUAAACUGUAACUCAUCAGGUUAUUUAAUUAACUGAGUUGCAAUCCCUUGCACAGUUCAACUGUUUACAAAUCACUUGGGCUUCUGUGGGAUUUAAUCUGCCUAAAUGUGUGCAGAAUUGAGACCAUGAUUUUCUUAUCCCUGCUACUUGGGAAAGUCAUGGACAGAGAAUCAAUUUGUUAUGUCGGUUGUACAAGAAACUUCAACUGUUGUCUAUUUGAGGACAGACUAUGAUGUAUUCAUAUAACAUUUAAGACUCUCCACUGCUUCACGGCCAUGAAUUGGAACUAUUGUCCACAAUAUGGUAUGUGUUUCGGGGUGGGAUUAAAGAGAUAUUAAAGUGGAGCGGGGGCUUGGCUAAAGCCACCUUGUGAGUUCUUCUAUUUUAUGUAUUUAUUUAGGAGAAUUUAUACCCCGCUUACUAACUGAAGUUCUCAAGGCACCUUGCAAUAUAUUUAAAACACAAUAAAAUAGACAGUGAUACAACAGUCCUAGAGCAAGGGGAAAGUGUGUGCAAGUCCCCGCUUCAUUUGUUUUCCAAUGUUCCAACAAAUACAGCUGAAUCUCCUGGCUGUUGAAGCAACUAAAUGUCAUUCUCACAUGGGCCAGGACUUUCUCCCAGCUCUGGUAGCAGAUAUAAGAGGUGCUGCGUGGAGCAGAGAUGCUAUGCUUUCUGUUUGGGUUUCAGGUGCCUUCAGGAUGCUGAAGAGAUGCUGAAGAUGGCAGUGUCCAUAAGUAAAACAUUGGAAGGCAAAGUGAGUAAUUUCGUGCUAUCCAGCAUACUCACCUGUGAUUGUCGUAUGCAUGGUGCAUUUAAAUGUUGAACUGAACUUUGUGAGAUCCCUCAUCGUCUUCAGUUUUCUGCUGUACUUGGUCUCUGCUGGCUCUCUUGUAUGUUUUACAUUUAUAUCUUUUAUCACCUGAGCAUCUUUGUGAUGCAUUAUAGUACCUUCUUUUGCAUCAGUCAAAAGCUGUCAUGCAUGGAAACUGUUCAGAAAUGUAAUUAAGACCAUUGCUCAGCUCUCCCAAAAGUAUUACACAGCUUUCCAUGGUUGCUUCAGCUUAGCUUACUUAGUGAGCAUUCUGUUGAGAAUUUGUAUUUCAAAAGAGGGACAUGCCAUCUAAAUCUGUCUUUUACUUUUUUAUUUUUAUCCCUCCCACUAUAUAGGAAACGUUAAUAUUGACCAAUGAAACUUAUGUAUGACUCAAACUCUUAAUGUCUUACACACUCAUUGUACUACUAAAGCACACAUACAUAUUAUGAAUUAAUGAGCAACUAUUCUCCUUAUUUUAUCCUCAGAACAGCCCUGUGAGGUUAUGUGGCUUCUCAUUUAAAAAUGGGCACAAUUGUUGGGAUUGUGUUGUUAUCGUCACUGUGUGACACUAUGAUGUGAAACAACUCUAUUAAAUUUUCGGAUUUUAAUGUAUAGUCUACAUAAAGGUUUACUCAAUUCUUUUUUAAUUUGCAUUUUCAAAAAGAGGAACAGAGAGCAUAUUUAACCCCCCUCCCCUCUCCCAUCUCACUUACAACUUCAUACCAAAUGCAGCAUGUAUACAUAUACCAUAUGACUUCCCUUCCAUGCUUUUCCUGGUUCCUUUCGCUUUUAUACUACUUUUCUGUAAGCGCUGUUUUUACAUCAGUAGUAAGCUGAAAUUGCCCAAGCUUUUCAAGACAAAUUUUGAGCAACAGUUUGAAAGAAUAGAAGGAUUAUAAUCCGGUGAGGGUUAUAUAAACAAAAAUGUAGCUUCGCUGAUGUUUUCCUGUUAGCUGUUUCUUGCUUUCAAGGAGCUCUUGUUCCAACAUUUUUCAUGCAAAAAUGUAUUCCAGGCUAACAGACCAUGUUGGAGGAUAAUUUUUGUUUUCUAGGGCUGCCAUGGCUACCUCAUGCAGUGAGAAGCUCAGUUACCAGUUUGUGAUUGCCCUCAUCAAAGGGACAGAAGCUGAGAACUGAAUUUUAAUUGAGAGACAGCUCUUACCUCUAAUGUGCUUUACUUCCCAUGUUUACUGUGCACCAAUUUACCAAGUCAGCAACCUACUAAUUUUAAAGAAUUCAACGCUAUUUGUAUACAAACAUUGUUCUUACUUUGUUUUUAAAUUGUAGCCUCAAGUUAAUGAAGACAUGGUGAAAUGGCUAUCAAGGAUGGCUCAGGGAUCUUUGGCACCUCUUACAGCAGCACUAGGUGGUGUUGCCAGUCAAGAAGUCUUGAAAGCAGUGACAGGAAAAUUUUCUCCCCUGCAACAAUGGGUCAGUUUUCUUUGUUUUGGAUUAGGUUACAUAAAUUUAGGGACGAGAGCAUUCUGUGAGCAUAAUAUUGCUUGUGUUCAGAUGAACCAUCAAAGAUGGUGGAGAAUAGCAAAUGACACUUGUGCAUGAGUGUUAUUCUCCCUUUCUUGCAUCCUGGCCUUAAUUCUGUAUUUCAGAUUUAAGCAGGCCAUAGUGUACUAUUAUGUCCAAACUGGCAACCUUUUGGUUUGAGUGAGACUUCAAGAUUGUCUGUAUAGUUUGCCAGGAAGUAAUGAAUUAAGCCCCUGGUGGGGGGGAGUUGACACCUGAGUACAGUGUUCAUUCAUGAUACUCCACCAUGGUCUAAAGCAGGGGUCAGCAACCUAAGGACCACAAGCGGCCCACGUGGGUCAUUUAACUGACCCAUGAGCUGCCCCCGAACCGGUUCACGGCAGCAGCCCUUCUCACCAAUCAUUCCUGCUGUGUUGCCGUAUUGGAGUGUUCCCACUAUAAGAUAGGAUGCAUUACUAUAAGGAAUUACUACAGAUGAGAGUACAGUCAUACUUCAGGUUGCGUUUUUUCGAGUUGCGGACUGCCAAAACCCGGAAGUACCAGAGCGAGUUACUUCCAGGUUUCAGCGAUUGCACAUGCGCAGAAGCGCUAAAUCGUGCUUUGCACAUGCGCAGAAGCACCAAAUCGCAACCUGUGCAUUCACAGAUGCGGGUUGCGAACACCACAUGUGCAGCCCUCACAUUUGCAACCUGACCGUCCACUGUAUUAAGGGUAUUUUCUGGAUGUUUAAAUUCACAGUAUCAAAGGCUACUAUUAAACUACAAUAUUAAACUGAGAAAUAGUAAAUUAUGAGACAUAGUACUAGUCUGCUGGCAAAUCAUCCCAUAGAUAUAUAUUGCUUUUUGCACACAUAUCAGUUUUGUUUUGAAGUAAGCAAGAACCAAUUUAUGUGCGAAAGAUAAAAGAGUUGGUAGAGGGAGGUAAGAAAGCAUUGCAGUAUAUCAUUCCAGACUCUUUUAAGUAUGACAUUCAUUUCUGUAGGCUUUCCCUUCUUAAAAAAACCAAACUACUCCCUGCUUAUACUAAACAUUGUGGAGAAAGAUCAAGCAACCAUUUUCCUGUUGUGUUAGUGUGGCACAUGAAGGGAACUUCUUAUGUUGGGGGAGCUGUAAUUAAUGCAAUACACCACCAGCAGUCUGAAGUGGUGCAGCCUAGAAUUCUAUCACACCAGUCUAAUAUCUUGUUCAGAUCCCCCCCCCCCAGUUGUAUGCUGUAAUAAAAUAGAUAGUAUUCUUUUUAGUGUAGUUUAAACGUUUUAAGACAUUCUGAAUCUUGUUUUUUUCCCCUCCUUCUCCAGCUGUAUACUGAUGCAUUUGAAUUAGUCACAUUUCUAGAAAAAGUGAGCCAUGAAGAAUUCCUUCCAAGGUAAAAAAAUGGCACAGUCAAGCUGCUUAUGCUCUCUCUGUUCCUUAAUCAAUUAAUUUGUUUACUUCUUCAACAUUUAUGUUCCACCUUUCUUCCAAGCAGCUCAGAGUAGCGUAAAUUAUCUCCCCUCCCCACCAAUUUUACCUUCAUAACAAACCUGUUUAGUUGGAUAGAAAUGCUCAAGGUCAUCCAGCAAAUUUUGAUCCUCCUGGUCCCAAUCCCAAGAUAACCACACGAAUGCUGUUGUUGUGUCUGAAGGCAUGCAUAUUUAAAAGAACUUCUAUAAAACAUGUACGCGUGUGUACUUUUUUCACCCAGUGGUUGGGAACCUCAGAGCUAGGGCCCUAUGUGCAGCCCUCAAUACUCUCCCCAAGUCAUAUCUCUCAAGGAUCCUCUCCCCUGCCCUCUCUGAAUGCUUUUUGCCUGGCUGGAAUGUGUCUUUGAAUUAUGUUAAUGCCUUUGGCGUUACGGGAUGGCAAGGGAAGAGUACAUCUGUUGCCCAGCCUGCUUAUGCCUCUAGCCCUGCCCACCCAGAAGGGAAUGUGAUGCUCAGAAUGAAAAGGUUCCUCAUCUCUGUCCUAACCCAUUGAAGCAGGCCCUGCUCAGAGAAGAUGAGGUUAUCCGAUUCCAGAGGAGCCUAGGGAGCUGACUUAAAUCAAAGCAGAUGAUUAAUCUAUGUAGCUCAGUACGUUCUGCAUUGACUGGCCCUGUCCCUUCAGGGUUUUGGGCAGGAGUCUUCCCCUGACCUACCUGGAGAUGCUAGGCAUUCAGUGUGGGACCUUAUUCAUGCAAAUCAUGUGCUGUGCAGCUGAGGUUUGGCUCUUCCUGGCUAUGUUUGUCUGUUUGGACUGCAGGGGUCAGCAAACCUUUUCAGCAAGGGACCGGUCCACCGUUCCUCAGACCCUUGUGGGCACCUGGACUAUAUUUUGAAAAAAUAUAUAUGAAUGAAUUCCUAUGCCCCACAAAUAACCCAGAGAUGCAUUUUAAAUAAAAGCACACAUUCUACUCCUGUAAAAACACGCUGAUUCCUGGACCGUCCGCGGGCUGGAUUUAGAAGGUGAUUGGGCUGGAUCUGGCCCCCGGGCCUUAGUUUGCCUACCCAUGUUUUAGAGCAAAACAAAACAAGACAAAACACAAAACAACAAGAAUAUGGCACCUGAAAUACUGAUAAGACUUACGUGGCAUACGUUUUCAUGGACUAGAGCCAACUUCAUCAGAUGCUUAAAGUGUUGCCUUCAAUUGACAGCUGUGUAUGUACACAGCUCUGGACCUCAAUACCUUAAGGACAGCCUGUCCCCAUGCAAACUGACCCAUACCCUGUGCUUGGCAUCUGAGGCCCUUCUCUAUGUCCCCCCCUCCCAGAGAGGUUUGGAGGGUGGCAACAAGAGAACGGGCCUUUUCUGUGGUGGCUCCCCAAUUGUGGAAUGCUCUUCCCAGAGAGGCUCGCCUGGCACCAUCAUUACAUGUCUUCAGGCACCAAGCAAAGUCAUUCCUCUUUACCCAGGCCUAUGGCUAUUAAAUAAUCUACAGCCUGUCAGUGUGUGAGGGAGAGGGACUGUUACUAUUAUUUUCUUAUUAGGCUGUCUGUCAGUAUGCUUUUUACUAUGGUUUUAUUAUGUUUUAUCAUUGUUUUGUAAUGUGUUUCUAAUGUUGUACACUACCCUGAGAUCUUUUGAUAAAGGGUGGUAUAUAGUGGUAUAUAAAUUGUAUUCUUAUUCUUAUUAUUGUUUGUUGUUGUUGUUUAAUGCUUUUUAGAAAUGCUUAUUUUGUGAUAUUGGAAGGAGGAGAGUAUGCGAGGGAAAUAUGAGCAUCUUUGUUCCCUUGCACUGACAUACACAAGUGAAGCAAUUCUGAAACAUUUUUGUCUCUUUCUAUCAAUGUUAAUUAAUUUUAUUUUAUUUAAAGCCAGCUUGAUAUACAAUACAAUCUUUAUUAUGGUCCAGAGACCCAACAAAUCAUUACAAAGCAAUGCACAAUUCAGACAGCCUACCUCCAGGUUAAACAAGUAUUUUGUUCAGAUUUAAAGAUAGGGAUCAUUGGUUCUUGCAACCACCAAUUAAAAACAUCACCACUGCUAAUGUUCUAGCGUUUGUCCGGUCUUCCAAUAGGAACCUGACAUAGUAAGCCUCUGAUUUUCCCAGGAAAGGUACCAGCAAGGGUAAUAUCAGUUCAGUCCUGGCUUGCUCAUAUUUCUCACAGUGCAGCAAAAUAUGUUUGAUAGAAUCUGUCAGUGUUAUCUUCACUUCUUUCCCACAUCUGUCUGCAACAGAGGGGACAGGUACGACGCCUUGAGAGCCUGCACUGGAGACUCCUUGUGUCAGAAGCUGCACCGUCUGAAUGUUUUCUUGGUAAGCAUGGCUUGUAGGAUAAGUCUGACAUUAUGUCACAGAAUUGUAGAGUUGGAAGAGGGACCCCAAGGGUUAUCUAGUCCAGCUCUGUGCAAUGCAGGAAUCCUGCCCUCAGCUGUCCCUGGGUGGGCUUGAACCACCAGCCUGGUUAACAGCACUGACCCUAUUGCCUUUGUUGGAUAGAAGUCUGUAUUAUAUUGCAGUAAGAAAACCCAGUGGACAAGUAUUUUAGAAAUUACUGUUCUGUGAAUUAGUUGGAACUUUGAAACUACCUUUUCCUGGAAGUUUAGAACAUAUAGUGGUGGGUUAAAACAUGCAAAAUACCCAGAUGGCUCAUAGUGAUGCCUUUUAUAGUAGGAGCUGGAAUUCUGCAUCUUUUGAUGCGUUUCAGUCCAGUAUUUAACUUCAGAUACUUUAGUUAGGUAUAAUCUUUUCUUUAUGUCAUCUUCAAUCUUUCAUUUCACAAUUGAAAGGCUAUCUAAAUUUCCAGCCAAUAGGUAUGAUAGCAUGUCAAUAUGUCCUUGGCAUAACAGUUUAGGGAUUUCCCCCCCAGAAUUUUGUGUAUUCUAGUUUUUAUCAAACAAGAAGUUCAACUAAAAGUUUAGCUCUCUGAAGGAUCGAAAUUUAUAAUCUGUGUAAGGACUGGAAAUUUAUACAUAUAUUACUUUGCAGGUUGGUUGUGGUGCGAUAGGCUGUGAAAUGUUGAAAAAUUUUGCACUUCUUGGUGUUGGCACUGGACGAGAAAGGGGCAUGGUAGGUUUGGUUUUCCAUACUAAUUUCAGUUUCUUUUACUCUGUUUGCAAGUUGUUUAAAAAUUAUUUUAUGAUCUUAGUAAGAUCAGAUCUAUUAUGCCUUGGGUGUGAUAGAACUUGGAGGGGAAUCUCUGUCCUGCCGAUUUCUCCAUGUAAUGCCUUUGUUACAACUACACAUUUGGGUUCUGUAAUCUCACAUUUCCAUGUUUUGGUUUCUCUUUGAACUUCCAGAAAUCACAGUGUAUUGGAAUAUGUGUUUAUCAGAAUUCUAGGUAGUGCAAUUUUGAUACAUCUGUAGGUUAGUUGGUCAAUCGCUAUGUGACAUUUUUAGGCGAUAAUUUAUUAGUUGUAAAAUUAAGCCUGAAUUCAUUCCAUUUUGUAGUCCUGUUAAUUGGAAAGAGCUAUGAUUUUGAAUCUGUUUCUGGACAGGAAUGACUACUCAAUAUAAGAUGACAUGCAUUUUUUAGGGUAGAGGGGAAAUUCUCUCUUAAUAAUCAUUGGGGGGAUAACCAAAUUGAGGGCUUUCAGGACUGAUUCAAACUAGAAACAAUCAAAGAUUUAUAUUAACCAUAACUUGUAAUUCCACCUAUUUGUCCGACCUGCUGUAGGUUACAAUUACAGAUCCUGACUUAAUAGAAAAAUCCAAUUUAAAUAGGCAAUUUCUGUUCCGUCCACACCAUAUACAGGUAAGUUGGAGCUGUUGGUGAGAAAAAGCAAUUUGUGCAUAUUUUUGAAAAAGUCAAGUGUGGUUGUGGAAUCAACUUUCUAUUUUAAGAGCUGUUUUAAAGUUAUGGAGGUGAAUCUUCAUAUAUUUACCCUAGGACUAAAUAAAUUGAUUUUGUUGCUGAAGAUGUGAUUAACAUCAGGGCUGUAUGCAUAGCUCAAAAGGCAGAGCACACACCUUGCAUGUAGAAGUUUGACUGAUUAACUUUUUUACUUAUGUUGUAUUUAUUUUAAUGAUUGUUUAUUAUUUUAUUAAUAAACAAAACAAAGCAAUAAAGAACAUAAAGAAAUACUGUUGCAGUGGGUUGAAAGCAGCUUAAGAUUGGCUAUUAUAAUUGAAUUUGUUGUUCCAAAAAUUACAAACGUUAUAUGUGUUCUUUGUAAUAAGUUAGCUUAAACAUAUAAUAAAAGUAUUUAAUCUGUUGACCAUCUUGAGUUUCUUUUGUAAAUAAGGCUCAAAAUAAUAAUAAUUAUUAUUAUUAUUAUUAUUAUUAAAAAUAAUGUUUUAGGUUUAACCAUGGUAACGCCAGUUAAAAGAAUUUUGGGUAGAAUGGUUGGGAAAUAGAGAUACUAUAGAGAGGCAUUGCUGGUCCAGAUUGCCAGUAUCCUGCUGCUGUUUAAUAAAUAAUAGCAUGUUUCAUCUUUCCAUUCCUAAAAAGAAUUCUCAGUGCAGCUAACAACCACAUCAGUGGAAUAACAAUAAAGACAGAAAUAGGGAAAGAACACCAAAAUAGAAACAGCAGUAUUAAAUUAGUAGCAGCAUGCACAAGAAUACAGAUUUCCAUGGGUUAAGGAAGGGUUAAUUGGGUUGGGUGAUAAUCAUGAGCUAUGAUGAACGCAGGAGAGCAGAACUGUGGGAGGUGUGGUGACUAGAUGUAUCCACAUGCUCUAUAAAUGGUCUCUUGAGUUUUCCAGUUACAAAAUACAGUCGUACCUUGGAAGUCAAACGGAAUCCAUUCUGGAAGUCUGUUUGACUUCCAAGGCGCGGCUUCUGAUUGGCUGCAGCCAGUUGGAAGCUGCCCCAGACUUUCAUGCUUUCAAAAAUCAUUCGAAAACUGGAAAAAUCACUUCCACUUUUCAGUCGCUCGGGAGCCGAAAUGUUCGAGUUUACAGGCGUUCGGCUUCCGAAGUUCUACCGUAUUUUAUUUUAGGAAAUGUUUUGUAUCGGCCUCAAUAGAGAACUUUGAUUAAUUUUUGCUGUCAGUUGUUCUUUCCAGAAUUAAAGAGUUCAACGUGGUAAAACAGAAUGUUUUAUUCAUUUUCUUUGCUCAAGAGCCAGCGUUACGGGUCUAUUCAGCUCAUUAUAUCAUACCUCAUUUCACUAAAGCGGUGAUUCUUUUGAGUAUGUUAUCAGUGAUUUGGAAGCUUUUGUUGUGCAUCGCAAUUGCCAGCAAGAAUAUUAACCAAAGUUGAUGAAUAUUUUAAUUUUGGUUAGAAGCCCAAAAGUUGUACAGCAGCAACAGCAACACGUAACAUCAAUCCUCAGAUCAAGAUAGACCCAUAUCUGAACAAAGUUUGCCCGGCUACUGAGAACGUGUACAAUGAUGAUUUCUACACUGCGCAAGAUGUAGUUGUUACUGCGCUAGACAAUGUGGAAGCAAGGAGAUACAUUGACAGGUAGGUGCAUGAUCUGAGAGUUCAGUUUGUACCCUUUCCCACCCUUCAUAGCAUUUCUGUCCUUGCCACCCUUCGCAGCAGUUUUCCCUGUGCUUUCUUGGCACAGCUGUGGAUAAUUCAAAACCAGUUGCAUCAAAUCUACCGUAUUUUUUGCUCUAUAAGACUCACUCCCCCCCCCCCUAAAAAGUAAGGGGAAAUGUGUGUGCGUCUUAUGGAGCAAAAGCAGGCUGCGCAGCUAUCCCAGAAGCCAGAACAGCAAGAGGGAUCGCUGCUUUCGCUGCACAGCAAUCCCUCUUGUUGUUCUGGCUUCUGAUAUUCAGAAUAUAUUUUUUUCCUUGUUUUCCUCCUCCAAAAACUAGGUGUGUGUUAUGGUCUGGUGCACCUUAUAGAGCGAAAAAUACGGUACUUCAAGCCAUGUUUUUAACCUCCUGGUUUGUUUAAAAUUAGUUUAGUAUUUAAUUUUUUACAUAUAUCUGGCACCAUUGUGAAAUGCUGAGCCCUGCAUGUCUUUUUUGUGAGAAAAUGCCUCAAUAGCUCUAUUUGAAGCAACUUUUACUACUACUACGGGUUAUUGUUCUACUAGUUUUACUGGAAUUUCUGAUUGGGAAUGUUAACUUGAUUAAUGACCCAACAAUGUGUAGUUGCAAAUGUAUCUAAAGUGUUAUGGACUCUAAUGGGAGGGGCAUGCUUAUCAAUGCAUUGGGUUUGUGACACAUUAAAAUGUAUACAUCUGGUAGCAAGCCCAAGGCUUGCUCCUACACUACACUAUUUGGUCAGACUGUGUAUGGUCUAGCAGUUUAUAAAUCUGAGGUCCAAACUUGAUGCAACACCAUUCACAUAGCAACUGCGUGAAUAGGUGGGACUUGUUUUUAUAGAAAAGAUAGCCAGCACAAUUUGGGACUACUUCUAUACGGUAAACAGCCCUGUGGUCCUCGGAUGAAUGGCAGUUGUCAGGUGCUGGUGUGGUUGCCCGAGAACAAACAGGCAAGGCUCCAACCUGUCUUUUCCAGGCUUUAUUCUUAGUGCAAACUAUUUACAGUGAAGAGCGUCGUAAGUUCAUGUCUGGUUCAAUCGCUAGCAGAAUCUGGGAGUGGUCGGUCUUUGUACCUCCCCCACCAUAACAGUCGCGUGAACCCCAGCCUUCUCCACCCUGAAACCUACUGCGCAGAAACCUACUGCGCAGAAUGGGCGCUGGCAAAGGGCUACUUCCAUCCUCUCCGGUUUGCCCAGGCUCAGUGUUGAGGCUCUCCCUAGCAUCCCCUGGUUGCUGCACCUCCUCUCCACUAGAGGCGGGGCUUUCCUCCUCGCCGGAGGAGGAACUGCUUUGCAAGAUUUUAGGAGGUUUCCUAUAACACAACUGCCCGUCCACCUCUCGCCUCUGAGCUGAUGGCAGUUCCCUGACAGCAGUAUAUAAAUUUAAUAAAAUAAAUAAAUUCCACUAGCUCCCAAUCUGGAUUGGAGUCCAAGCCUUUAACUUCUUUGCUCUGCCCUGUGCUCUGAUCCAGAUUGGCCCCCUGCCUCUUCCGUUGGUGCUAAGAAGCAACAAAGGGCAGAUGGGCAGAUAAACACUGUGUUACAUUUGCAUUGGCAACUUUUGUCCCUUUUCUCUAAUGUUGCUGUAUAGUGGUACUGACACUCAGCAGCUUAGGCUCAAGAUACUUUAAGGGCUGCUUCCUCCCAAAUGAGUGUGUGUGCUCAGUAAGACCUACCGAAGAGGUGUUUCUCCAUGUUGUUAGAGGAAGUGUGGCAAUAGGGAGCCUUCCUUGUGGCUGUUUCUAAGCUGUAGAAUUCUUCCUAGGAAGGCUCAUCUUCUGCAAACCACAGAGGCAUAAAGAUUGAGAAAAAAGGAAGCAAAGCAGAUCCUGAUCACAGGGCAUUUCCGGAAUUUUGAAGUUCUUAAUUACUGUUCUCAGUUGCGUUAAAAUGUAGGCACUGGGUGUGAUAUGGCUAGGCCCUGUUCCAUUGAGCUGUUUCUCCAUCUAGAGUUUUGGUGCUUUAGAUCACUGUCUGAAAUAUGUUUCAAAAUCUUGCUCAGGUGCAGGAAUUGUGUGCCUUAGGUAUUAAUAUACUUGCCUAUUACGUGGAGAUAAUGCAUUCCAUUAAUGAUAUGCUUCCUCAAACCACAUUCUUGCCUUUCUUUGGCCUUAUGAAGACCUUCCUUUUUUGACCCGGGUUGACUUGCCAAGUUGAAGAUAUUUUUCUGAUUCACCAAAUCUAUAUUGGAUUUAUCAGUAAUUCUUAAUUUAUUGUUGAUGAUAUAAAUGGUUUUAAACUUGCCAAGCAUUAUUUUUAAUUGGAAAGGCAACAGAUAAAUGAUAUGCCACUAGUUAAUUCCUGCAACAACUGAAAUCCCUUGUUUUAAACCAAUUAAACCAAAGCUAGGAAGUCAUACCAUGGUUUUUGUCUCCCCCCUGCACUCUGGCAUCUACCCUGAUGUGUUCAUUUUAUUCACUUAUUUUCUUCUUCUAUGUAGUCGCUGUCUGGCAAGCUUGCGCCCUCUCUUAGAUUCCGGAACGAUGGGGACCAAAGGGCAUACAGAAGUCAUUGUGCCUCACCUAACAGAAUCGUACAACAGUCAUGUAAGUGCUCCAUCUACAAAAACAAUGUACCGUACUUUUCCGUGUAUUAGAUGAGGGUUUUUUACUUCAAAAUAAAGGGAAAGGGGGGGGGUCGUCUUAUACAUGGGUAGUGUAAAGGGGGGGGAUGGGCAAUUGGUUGCAUCCACGAGCAGGAUCUAGCGAUUGUUAGUAUUUUCAAGUUGUGUGAGUGAUGUUCGGUUCAGCAAUCCCCCCCCCAAUUGCUCAACAACUGUGGGCACCCCCCCCAAGAAAAGCUCAACAACUCUGUGCCAUCCCCCCCCAUUUUCUUAAAAUUGAGCCCCCCCCAAAUACAUUAUACGUGGGGGCGUCUUAUAGACAGAAAAGUACGGUACUUAGCUUGAUGAAUCCAUAUCUCUUCCUUACUCUUCCAUAAAGUGUGUGAUCCUUUGGAACAUUCUUGUAGAUGCAUUGUCAAAUCACAGAGCUGGCUCUAAGUGCACUCGGCAACUUGGCCAUGCCCGUUGUGAUCUCUCUCUUUCUCUCCCCCCCCCCCUUUUUUAAACUUUGAAUUCCAAACCCCAGUGCAGCCCCACAUACUGCUUUUGAAAGGCCCCCCGGUUUCAAAAGUGGUUUGCCAUGUGCCAAAGAGAGUGGGACGGACACAAGUCCAAAGUGUCCAUGGGCAUGCAAAACUGACUGCAUGGCUUUGUGGAUGCCAGUCAAUAAAGUGUAUAUAUGCCAAGAAGUAAAAAGUUCUUAUAAGACCUCAAUUAAUUGUAUAGAGUGGUAUUUUUUACUGGGGCUUUUAUGGCAAUCUGCUUCUGUGAGGUCAAUAUUUUUGGAAACCAUCUUGGCCUUGUAACAAGUCCAUUUGAGUAUUGUAUGUAUGGAUAUAUGUAUAUCUCAAAAUAAAUAUUCAUUUGUAAAGGAAAAAAAUAGUAGCCUGUCAGUAAUCGAUACCAAAAGCACAAACCUAUAUAGUGGACCCUCCAGAUACGAACUUUAUUCGUUCCGAGGGUCCGUACGUACUCCAAAAAGUCCGCAUCUAAAGGCGGUGCUAUAGUGCGUUUCUGCGCACAGCAAAACCCGGAAGUAUACACGUCCGGAUUUGCCGCGUUCGCAACCGGAGUUACGUUACCAGAAGCCAAUGUAACCCGAGGAUCCACUGUACACGAGUGCUUGGGAGGAAGUUCAGUUGAAUUCAUUGGGACUUGUUCCCAGGCAAGUAUGUAUAGCAGCGGUGGGGAACCAGAGCCCUUCAAAUCUUGAUAGACUCCAGCUCCCAUCAACACCAGCCAGCAGUGGCAAUAGGCAGGGAUGUUGGGAGUUGUAGUCCAUCAGCAUCUGGAAGACCAUAGGUUUCCUACCCCUGGAGUACAGAAAGAAAUUGAUCUGAUAUUAGAAAUAAAUAGUGCAAGAGGUAAAACAGCUGCAUGUGUAUAUGAUAUAUUUUGAUCUUUUGUCCUUUUUUUUUUUACAUGUAGCGAGAUCCACCUGAAGAAGAAAUACCAUUUUGUACUUUGAAGUCUUUCCCAGCUGCCACUGAGCACACAAUACAAUGGGCAAGAGACAAGGCAAGUUUGUCUGUUUGUUAUUGUAAGCAUUAUAUAUUGCAGGGGGUUGGAUUAGAUGACCCUCGUAGUCCCUUCCAACUCUACAAUUCUGUGAUUAUGGGCACAAUUCAGUGGGACGUUCUCUUGCACUGAAAUGAAGGAGAACUACACAUUUCAGUAAGGGCACCAACAUACCCCACCCCCCCAAAAAAACACAGUUGGGAAGGAAAUCCAAUUCUAUUUUCUCAUAACUCCUUUUCUUUUAGUUUGAAAGCGCUUUUUCACACAAGCCUUCCCUGUUUAACAAGUUUUGGCAAACGUAUCCAUCAGCAGAAGAGGUGUUACAGGUAACAGCUAACUUUAUGUUGAAUAUUGUGCGUAAAGCUACUCUGGAUGUCAUUUUAACUUUGCUGUGCUGAGCCUUGCAGGUAGCUAGUAAUAUGGACUGAUUUUAAUACAGUGGUGAAAUCUAACUAAGACCCCUAUGUUUUCAUGCUGGUCCAGGCUUGGGGUAUACAAAGGUUUGGACCGGAGUAGCAACUUAAUUCUACCUAGAAAGGAAAGUGAAGGGGGCGGAAUUUGCGUUUUAAGCUUAUUGUGAAUAAUUUCAAGGGCUUGGUGCAGGUAUUCUAAAUAGUAGCAGAUGAAUCUGAGGAACUUCCAUUUUACAGCUGCUGAUUUUAGUCUCUGCAUGUUUCACUGUUUGUCAGAAGCAGUUAGUAAAAAUUAUAUGCGUUUCAAAUUGUAUUAGUUGAUCGGGGUAGACAAAAUGUUCCCUUCUGGGUGUUUUUGACUACACCUCACAUCAGCCCCAGCCAGAAUUGCCAGUCAUCAGGGAUGAUGGGACUUGUGGUCUGAAAAAAUCUGGAGGGUGCCGUGUUCACUUCCCCUGUAGUAGGCUGGUCCAGUUUACUGGUUUCCAUCUAAAUGGAAGUAGGAAAUGAAUUGUGACGUGGGUGAUACUUCAUGAAUAGUAAUGUGUUUGCUGACUUUGCAUGUUCUCUCAUUUCCAUCUUUAUUUUCCCUUUCCUAGAGAAUAAAGUCUGGUGAGAGUUUGGAAGGCUCUUUCCAAGUUAUUAAAUGCCUUAGUAGAAGGCCAAGAAGUUGGCCCCAGUGUGUUGAAUUAGCAAGAUUAAAGUUUGAGAAAUAUUUUAAUCAUAAGGUGAGCAUUUGAGAUCUGUUUUAAUUUGGUGGCUGAUGCUAUGAUUUAUUUAAAUUGUCAAUUUGCAAUGUGCAUUUAAUGCUCAUUGAGCUGUUGUCUAAACCUUUUAACAUGAGGGGAAGACCUCAGUGGUUUCACUAGCAGUGGAUGAUCUUUUAUGUUGAAAUGAUGUCAAUUGUAUUGGUCAUCUUGUUUUGGUAGACAUACUUUUCUUUAAAACUCCAAAUAAUUCUUAUUGAUUUUCGUGUAAAUACAAGAACAACAUAUAACUACAGUAACUUGUCCAGUGGUACAUUCUUACUAAGUUUCAUAUGCAGUAGACAGUACACAAGCAAGACAUUUAUUUAUGCAUUGUCAAUUCAAGUAUCCUCUCCACAGAGAUUAUUGUAUUGUAGGUGGAAUAAAAGUAUAUUCUGAAAAGAAUGGAAGCCCAGUCUUGCCAAAGGUGUCUAUCUUUGAAGUGCCUUUAAUUACCCUUCUAUGGCGAGUAAGGCAUUCCGAUAGAGCUACAUUUGGUAGACAUACUUUAAUUCCUUCAGUUCUUAGAUACGGAACACAAAACAAUUUUGCAUAGGGACGAAUUUGCCAGAAAGUGUUUUAGAACUGAAUAUUUUAAUAGCUAAUGAAAAUGCUUUCUACCAAGGUUUCGGUAAUGUAAACAUGUGCCGAUGUGUGUUAUCUCACUUCAUUGAGAGUAUUUCUUCCCAUCUAGGCACUCCAGUUACUUCAUUCAUUUCCCAUAGACACACGAUUAAAAGAUGGCAGUAAGUACAGAAAAAGUUUAAAUUAAUUUUGAUAUGUUUGAUGUAUUUUUAACUUCAAUCCUUUUAAGAUUCAAAAUGCUUUUUUUCAAACCACCAGGUUUAUUUUGGCAGUCACCAAAGAGACCACCUUUCCCGAUACAGUUUGAUAUCAACGAUCCUUUGUGAGUAAAUCUCUCUCUUUAGACUUUGUUAUUGUAAGAGGCAAAGAACUUCACAUGAUCUGUUUGUGGGCAUAUUGAUACUCAUAUAAAAGGUGUGUUAUUAGACGAUCUCUUCAAAGAAGAUGUCCUAAAAACCUAUAUGGCCUUUAGAAUAAUCUGUUGACUCCUCUAAUCUGAAACCCACCCACAUCAAAUAAUGCAUAACUUUGUGACUUGUUUCCUUUUGGCAGCAGUUUUUUCUUUGAGUAUUUGCCAUACAUCAAACUUUGGAUAUCUUCAUGAUAGUUGCCUCAUGUGCAUGUUUGUUUAUGCUCUCCCCCCCCACCCCCCCAGUUUUCUUGUUGGCACUUUCCACGUCCACGCAAAACUCCAUUUCAACUUUAGACAGCAUUUUGGGGAUUUGCUGUCAGCAUCUACUAAGAACGACAGUUCGAAUUUAACAUUAUCAAUUCCUGAGCAAAAUAGAUAUUGACUGCACAUUUCUACUUCCAAGUCUUACAUUACCCCUUUCUGCUUUCCGACAACCAACAUCUCCAUAUGGCAAACCUUCACUGUGCUUCCAGUCUCUGUAUGAUCCACAGUGAGCUCUGAAGGAUCCCUAUAGUGUGGUUCUGCAUUCCUUCAGAAGCAGUGCCAGGGCCUGCAGCUCGUAAUCCCUCCUUUUGCUUCAUUUAGAAGGAGAUAGGAAGUGCAAGCAGUCUACAUUUUGGGUCUGGAAUAUUAGCACUUCCUGGCAAUGUCAAAUUCCUAAAGAAGGUUCUCUGCCACUCUUAUUUUGAACUUUCCAGUUCUGCUCCCUCUGUUUGUCACUUUUAUUUUUCAUGUGUGCUGCAUAUUUAGCAGGCAAUUUCCUUUAGUUCUUCCUCCCUCUUGCUCCCAGCUUUGUGACUUCUGCCAGACUCUUCCUUAUAGCUUGAACAGCAUUCUCCUCUGUUAAGUCAUAUCACUCUGCAUCUCCCAUCUUUUCCCAGCUCUUUCUCUUCACUUUUUAAAAAGAAUUCAUCAUAAUUAGACCUCACGCUUCUGUAUGCUAUACAUUACAUACAGGUAAUUCAUACGUAUAUGUUCAUAUUUGUAGUCUGAAGGGAUUUGUUAUGUGAAAUUUCUCUGAAGUAGGUGUAUUCUGAAUCUUCGCCAUUUAAAAGCAAGCACGCUAAGCAGGUAAGCAUUUUCUCAAAGGCAACCUUGCCCCCUGUUCUUUCAGCCCCUCUGCUUCACCUCCUCAGUGAAUUUUUUCUCCUUCCCACCCCACCCACUGUUAGCUAGGUUUGCAGGAUAUCUGAAUGCAGGAAAAUGGAGUAAAAACCCACCCCGAUCUCCUUUUUCCUCCAGGCACUACAGCUUCAUACUGAGUACAGCAAAAUUAUUUGCAGUUAUUUACUGUAUCCCUUUUACAGAAAAGGUAAGCCUUCAGUUGGAGGGUGUAGAAUUUGCACUGUUUAGCUCUCUGUGUUAAUUUUUCAGAAUCCUUUGAUAAGUGAAGCAUUACUCCUGCUACUGACAGUGACUGAAUUACCUUCAGGAAGCUUCAGUAUGUCCAAAGAUGCUUUGAAUAAGUUAUGAGACCUAUAUCCCACCUCUAUGAAUUAUUCUUCCUGAUAUUUCACUUUGAUAGAAUUCUUUCUUGCAACGUAUUUUGGCAGAUGCAUUGAAAUCUAAUCUUGUUGCCUGGACUAUUGAAAUUUGUAUCCUGGCCCAUCUCGACUUUUAAUAAUGCACUUGUAGACUAACUUAAAAUAAAUGCAAAAUUGACUUCCCUUUGUGUAUAUUUAUGUGUCUGGUGUGAAAGCGAUAUCCAUUAGUCCAUCAGUAUUUAUUUGUUCACAUGCAUUUUUUUUUAGAAUAUGAGUUUUAUUUGGAAUGUGGAAAGGUAUACAAGGUUCCGCUUUUGUAGAAAAGUUUGCUAGGAAAUGUUCAUGAGCCACACACUUGAUAAGUUAUAGGUUCCUUUGACGUUUAUUGGGAUAAGUGGAUUCUUAAUUAGUUUUGGCUUAAAGUUGAAGAGCAGAGGACAUGUGGUUUCAUCCAUUCAUGCUAACUGGUUCUGUUUUAACAAAACACAGGAUAUGUCAGAAGAAACCAUUUUAAAGAUCAUUUCUGGACUGAGGAUUCAAGAGUUUCGGCCUUCUAACAAAGUAAGCUCAUUUAAAUAAUGUUCCUCUUCACUCCUCCCCUUUUCUUGAUGAUCCGUUAUUUAUUCAUCCUACGCAUGAUGUUCUGUAGGCUACUUCCCAGUUCUACUUCCCAGUUCUCCAGUGUUGUAGCAGUUGCCAUGAACUCACUGCUCUCUCUUGGCUUCUGGCUUACCUUUAUAGGGCAGCUGUAAACAAUAUGAUCAUGUAAUUCAGGCAUAGGCAACCUCGGCCAUCCAGAUGUUUUGGGACUACAGUUCCCAUCAUCCCUGACCACUGGUCCUGCUAGCUAGGGAUCAUGGGAGUUGUAGUUGCAAAACUUCUGGAGGGCCGAGGUUGCCUAUGCCUGAUGUAAUUUGUGCCAGGGCUUGGAAUACUCUAAAGCAGGGUGGAGGAAGCUGUGGCCCUUUAGAUGUUGUUGGACUCCAACUCCCAUCAGCCCCAGCCAGCAUGCCCAAUUGUCAGAGAUGAGCGGAGUAGUAGUCUGGCAACAUCUGGAUGGCCACAAGCUCCCCGUCCCUCUUCUACAAGUGUUUCCGUACUAAUAUUUAGCAUUCAAAUAUUUCCAGGUUUUCGGUUAAAUGCUUACUAAAAUUGAUGCAAAAAUUUGUAAAACUAACUUUAAUAAUAAAAAGUAAAGUAUAUUUCUUUAGGGUAGACCUGGUUUACUUAGCGCAAAGCUCCUCCUUUGGUGGUAUAGUCUUAGGAAGCAUGUUUCCAAAAAUUGUUGGAGACGUGCUGGGAAGGUACUGUUUGUGCCAAACCCCACAUUUACAGAAAGUAUUAGACUCUGUUUAAGUUCACAUGCAGUUCUGCCUUAAGUUUCUAAUUGUAGGCUCAUAGGUUCCAUCUAUGUUUGUACUGUUGAUUUUUAGACAGAGUUAAUAAACUACUUUAGUAUUGCUGCAAAAUGUGGUGUUUUAGAACAGUUGUGGGUCACUUCUGGCCUGUGGACCUGAUUGGGCCCCCUCCCUCACACCGGCACAUGAUCUCAAGUAUAUGACCGGAGUCUUUGACAUAGCUGCAAAGGAAGAAUCAUGAGAGCCUUAAAGGCUUGAAGUUGGUGCUUUGUAAAUUGCAAUGCAUAGCUCUGGGGUGUUGCUGAUCCAUGAUGAAAUUUAGGCUUGAAGUUGGUGCCAGCCAGCUAAUUGGCAGUGACUUAAAGCUUGCUUGGAUCAGCUACACCUGGGAUUUUUUGACUGGAAACUCUGGAAUGUAGCUGGUCCAAGUAGGGCUUGAAAUUAUCAGCAAUGUUGCCAAGCCCCACUUGAAUUGGCUGGGGAGAUGUUCCUUUGCAGUGCCUCCUGAGUUCAAGCCACAUUGCAAAGGAAAAAUGGGUCAUCUGGUGUCAUGGUGAUGACAGGUGAGUGGCCCCACCUGUCAAAGUGGCUACUGGAGUGGGGGACCUCAGGAUCUAGGCCACCAGGCUGAAAAUGUUCCCUCAUUUUACAUUUAAAAAAAUAAAUAUAUGUCCAGUAGCACCAACUAAGUUUGUUCUUGGUAUGAGCUUUCGUGUGCAUGCACACUUCUUCAGAUUAUCAUUUUACAUAAUAUUGCAACUGAAAAAUACAGGUUUUCUCUAUUUGACUAAAACGUUAUUUAUUGAUGAAUAACUCCAUCUGCUUCAAUAAAUCAAGGUAUUGUACAGAAAUAGAUUCAUACACUAACAUUUAUUCUAUUUACUUUUGAUGUUCUCAGGUUGUACAAACAGAUGAAACAGUGAGGAAACCAGAUCCCAUUCCAAUAAGCAGUGAGGAUGAAAGGAAUGCUGUACUUCAGUUGGAGACUGCCAUAUUGGCCAAUGAAGCUACAAAAAGUGAGUAUUAUUUAUUUGUUUAAUAAUUCAAAAACCAUUUAUUCAAAAGUUACAAUACAUUUCCAAUCAAUAUAUUUAUAUCAGAUCCUUUUAGCUCAGAUAGAACCAUUAGCUCAAAUAGAAUCACUCAAGGCAGAGAAUAUCAACAUGAGCACAUUAAACUCAUAACACACUGAACAGAUAAGCAGGGUAGGUGGGAAUACAAGACACCAAGGAAUAUAAGUAAAAGGAACCCAGACCGCAAAACGAAAUAAACUGUUACUUAGGCCAAACAUAUCUAAUGGUGGCGCCAGGUGAGCCUCCCUGAACCCAGUACCAAAAUGGGCUAAUAUAAUCUACUCACAAGAUGGAGAAGGCUUUCAUUGAACCAAACCAACAAUGUAUUUCAUUAAAUUGCAUUGCAGGGUGUUGGACUAGAUGACCCUUAAAAAAAAAAUAAAAAAUUAUUAGUUUUCCAACAUAUAUUUAUAAUAUCAAAUCACAGUUUAUCACAUAUUUUCUCUUUUAGACUUCCUUCAGCCUCUCUGAUCAUCAUCCAUUAUUCAAAUUUUUAAUUACACAUUUCUUAAUUUUUGUAUUGCAUUUUAUAUAUGCCCUCUCCCUCAUAUUUUGUUCUAUUACAAUAUUUCUCAAACAUUCACAGAGCUUCUUUAAAACCCACUAGCGUUAUUUGCUUAUCACAUAUACAUUCCAAAUAAUCUGUAAAUUUUCUCCAAUCCUAGAUGAACUUGUGGUCUUGUAAAUAUCUAAUCUUCCCUGUUAAUUUGUCCAGUUCUGCAUAAUCCAUCAGCUUCAUUCUCCAUUCUUCUAGCAUCGGUAGUUGUUCCUGUUUCCAUUUUUGGGCCAAUAAAACUCUCGCUGCUGUUAUUGCGUAUUGGAAAAGUUUGCAAUCCUUUCUAUUUAUUUCAUUUCCUACUAUUCCUAAAAGAAAAGCCUCUGGUUUCUUAACAAAUGUAUAUUUCAACAUCUUUUUCAAUUCAUUAUAUAUCAAUUCCCAGAAACCUUUCACCUUCUUACAUUCCCACCACAUAUGGACUAGAUGACCCUUGGCACUCCUUCCAUUUCUAUGAUUCUGUGAACUAAAAGACCACAGAUUCCUAAACAAUGAAUUAAUUUGUUUCCGAACAGAUGAUUUACAAAUGAAGGAACUUGCUUUUGAAAAGGAUGAUGACAGUAACGGGCACAUAGACUUUAUAACAGCAGCUUCAAACCUGCGAGCCAAAAUGUAUAACAUUGAACCAGCAGAUCGACUCAAAACAAAACGGAUUGCCGGAAAGAUUAUCCCUGCCAUUGCAACUUCCACAGCGGCUGUGUCUGGCUUGGUGAGUGAGGGCGCAUUUUUCGCGAAUGCUAGCUUCUCUGCUGGAUUGGCCAAAUGUUGCAAGGCAGAAGGCUCUUCUCUUCCUGUUAGCAAUGUUUGUUUGUCAUGGGAAUAGAAGGUAGUCUCAUUUUAAUUCUUGGCCUUAAUUUUCCUUUGAUGGAGUCAGCAUGUCAGCUGUAGGAAAGAGGUGAUAUAGGCAAUUUAUGGGGUGGGAAAAUGGAAACAUUUGCUGCAGUUUUUCCUCGUUAUCACAUAUUCCUUCCUAACUGUUAAUGGAUUAAAGAGCAGCCUGGGGCACACUGUUGGGUUUAAAUUCAGAGAUUUUUUUCUGAUCUUCCAGACUGAUUCCAGACUACUUUGGUUCAUGUUGCAUCUUGUACAGAUCAGAACAGCUACAUCUUCUUUAGUUCUUUGUUUGUUAGCUACUGCAAAAUUUUUCCAAUUCUUACAUUUCUUCCCUAGGUUGCUUUGGAAUUGAUCAAAAUUGUGGGUGGCUACCCCUUUCAAGCAUACAAAAACUGCUUUUUCAACUUGGCCAUUCCAAUAAUUGUCUUCACAGAAACAGCUGAAGUGAGAAAAACUGAAAUAAGGUAAAUAGCACAUAUGAAGGAUUCAGCAAUGGGUGUAUUCAAGUAGCAGAUUUUGGCAGGUGGUGUAUCUGGGAUAAUGACUCCUCCUGGCUAUACAGGCAGUGUCAAUUUGACACCCACGAGCGUGGAAAUUUAUAGAAAAGUGACCCGUUUCCUCUUUUGCUAUGCUUUGUGGUGGGAAGCUUGUGUUCAACCUUUUAGUUAUUAACUGAUAGUAAAUGAUUGAAAAAUGUGCUGCAGCACAGUGUCUUGGAUAAAGUGUUUUACAUUCUUGCUCUCUGACAGAAAUGGAAUAUCUUUUACAAUCUGGGAUCGAUGGACUAUUUAUGGGAAAGAUGAUUUCACACUCUUGGACUUCAUAAAUGCUGUCAAAGUAAGCUAUUUGUGAUAAAUAGGCAGUAGAAACAGAUGGAGGAGAUAGUGUUGCUGUUUUUCGUUCUGGUGGAUUGCAGUGUGGUGUACAGCCCAUAUAAUUUACUACUUUACAAAAGUUGUAAUCCAUUCUGUCUAUGGAGGUUCAUGUUCUGUAGCAUAUGGAGUGGGGAAACAUGUCAGGUCUACUUCAUUUUUUUACUGGAACUUUUGGUUCCUAGAGAACUGCCACCUAGCAUCCACAGGCAGAAAAUUCAGAUUCCCAGUCCCCUGUCUGCCUCCUGUCCAGAUGGUUCUGUUUCUCUUCCCUCAUUUCUAGCCUUGCUUUUUUACUGUUGUGUGUCUUCUUUCCUUUUGUAUUUGCUUAUUGUUGUAUUGGUGAGUUUAGACUGUUUUUGGAGCAUUUUCAGUCUCUUUUCCUUCACACAAGUCCUUCUCUCGCUUUCCCCCUUAAGGGUUUUUUUGGGGGGGGAUCUUCUGGUCUCCUGAUUUUAUUUGGGGUAACAAGAGCUGUUUUGUUUUUUUCUCAAGUGCAAUCUGUUUUUUUUAAAUAAAUUGUCAUAUACUGUGUGUUACAGGAGAAAUACGGAAUUGAGCCAACUAUGGUGGUUCAGGGAGUUAAAAUGCUUUAUGUUCCUGUAAUGCCUGGACAUGUCAAAAGAUUAAAGCUGACGUAAGUAUUGACUAAAUAGUAAAGCUGAAGGGGGUAUGCAGUAUAUUAGCUCACAGAUAGCAUGAUUCUUCCCAGAUCUUGUUUGGUGCAUGCUCUGUCAGCUUGUUCAUUGAGGAUCAGAUUCUGAAUGGCAGAGGUUUUCCAAUUCACUACCCUGGUAUUUUGAACAGCAUUAUUUUAAGAUUGAGAGCACUGCUGGCAUGGCAGGUGAGAGAAGGGCUAGAGAGGAGGGUAGCCCGAUAUUAUUUAAGCCACCUAUUCAUCUUGCUAGUAACAUCCCAUUGCCAUAUCUCCUCCUCUGUGCAUACUGAAUCACAGCAUUUUGCCCUUCCCAGUUGCAUCACUUGCCGAAACACAUGACAAAAGCAGGACAAAGCAAGAUAUGAAAACUUAAUUAACUCUAUUCUCUCCCCCCUCCUAGCCCCACAGUUCAUAAAAUCAACUUUAGCCAUCUCCCUUCUAGAACUGUGGUGUCUUGGAAUGCAGGACUUGCCAGAUCCAGAUUCGUUGCAUCUUUAACAAGUUCUCUCAUAUGGGUUGCAAUUUGAAUUUGUUUGUGGUACUUCAGGAGAGCUUGGUUCAUUUAUGAUUUGCUGCUGAUACUUGAUUUUUGUAUCCUGUCUUGUAGGAUGCAAAAACUUGUGAAACCAGCAGCGAAUAAGAGGUAUGUGGACCUUACAGUAUCAUUUGCUCCAGAAACAGAUGGUGAAGAAGACUUGCCGGGACCACCAGUUCGAUACUAUUUUGCCCACGAAAAUAACUGAUGCAGGCCUACCGUUUACAGCAUAGCAGGACCACAUGAAAGGAGUGUGGCACCAUUUUUUAAAUGGUACUAUAUACUUGGUGAAGCCUUAAUUCAGAAACAAAACAGUGGAAAUUUGUGAUAUGUACUAAGGAGCUCCAUAGCAAAUCGGACUUGCAAUUUCCUUGUAUGUAGCAUUUUCAUAGCUAUACCUAAGGAGAACUAGAGGCUUGCUGGAAAUGAUGGUUCUUUUUGAAGAAAACACACUUAUUAAGCACUGCAGGAAGACCAGAAUUGCAAUCAUAAAACCUGAUCACAGACACUGACCAUUAAAGGAGGUGGCAGUUGAGAUUUCAAGAAGCUGCCAAUUUAUACCAUCCUAAAACUGAUUUCCUUUUCCUUUUGUUUUGUUUCAUCUUGGCCCCUAAGCCAGUUCAUCCUGCUGACGUUCAUUUCAAUAACACAGCUUUUCUUUUUCCCCUUCUGAUGCUGAUAGCACAUUUGAAAUGUUGCUUUGGAAUAGAGUCAUAGUGAGAAGAAGCUGAGUUCUUGUAAAGUUAGGUUUUAUGUUCUUCUAACAAAAUAAUAAUUACGUCUUUCCUUGUAAAGCAGAAACAACACCAAUUCUGUUCCAGGCAGCAAUUGUCAGGGCUAGUUUGCUUUUUCGUACUGGUUUUAUUUAAUAAGCUUGGUCAUUCAUUCUUCGUAUGAAGAGUUUAGCCCAAUACAUUGAUCUGAAUUGAAAAUACAAGUGUGGGGCUUUUAGCUGAAACUUAUCAACUGCCACAUCCUUCAACUGCCACCUAGGGUCAGAGUGAACACCUGGUGACAGAACCACGUGUUUUUACACCUUGAUCUGCUACAAAGGAAGAAAGGGAUGGGUCCUAUUUUGGCAGCAAAAAGAAUAUACGAUGGAAGUCAUCCCUCCCUGGCCACUACUUUUCUCCCUCACCCCAAGUGUUUUGCUCUGAGCCAAGCUCACUUGCAGUACUAGCCACAGACUGAUAAAGUAAGCCUGCAGUGGCAAGAGGGUGUAGCAGUCUUUGCCCACACCACUUUAGUUGCUCAAAAAUUCAGCCCAUGCACCUGCCGCAUUCUUAUGGAAUAAGGCAGAUCCUGGUUUAAACACACUGUUUACAUGCCCAGGAUACUGAAUUAUGCCAUCAGUACUAUUGUCUGACCACUGGCGCUACUUGGUUGCGUAUUAGACCCCCCCCCAUCAGCUUUUGAAGGUUUCACAAACGCUGGCCAUAACUCAACAUGGACCUUGGCAUGCCUAAGCCCAAAUCCGGGGGCUUAAAUGUGUUCAGUUCUGUGUUGGGUUGUGACCUCUUACUAUAAAACCGCAAAAGCUUCCUGCCCGCCUCUGCCACUUGGUGUGGCAGUUCUGUAAAGCAUGUUAAUGUACAUAUUCCAUUUCGCCUGAAAUGAGUGAUUAACAAAACAGUUUAGACAGCCACAUUUAAAUAGUCCUGUACAAAAUAUACUAGGAGGCAGAGAAACGACUUCGGCCACAGUCUGUAUGAAAUGCCAGUGUGCUGCAUAUACAUAAUGACCCAUUUUUUGCUUCCUCAUCUGUGUAGCACUUGAAGGGUAAUGCUGUUGCUUAUCAUCUUCUCUUCCCCUUAUUCCCCUCCAUGCUUUGCUAGAGAAGUCAAAUCCACAUUCAACACAGUUAGAGCUUUUUAAAAAAUCACCAGGUUUCAAACCAAAAAUCACAAAGGCUUCAGACUGUGUCCUUAAGGUGAGAUCCUUGGUUACAUCAAUAUUUUCCAACAUUAUGACAUACACUUUCUCCGGUUUCGUAUUUCUAAAGGCGCAUGAGUACCAAAUACAUUUUUCCAUAAAUAUUUGGAAAAUAGUCUUAAAAUGUAAUUAAUGCUACACAAAUGUGUUUCCCCAAAUACACAGAUGAUAGUUUAUUAUAUUUUGUUAUAGUUUAUAAUAUUUGAUUUGACAACUGGCUGAUUAAUUUAUUUUAACAACAAAUAUUUCUUAUGGCAGUGGGGAGAGAAGAUACACCUUGUGACAGUGGGGCGUGGAGGGGUGCUGAAGCUUUUGUUUAUGUUGCCAUAGUGGCAAUAGAGGUAUAUAUUUCAAAUAAAAGCUUUGAUCUUUUUGUUUUAAAUACUUUUGGAAAAGGCAAACUACCGUAAGCUCAGAAAGCUAUAGAAGAUGGGUGGAAAUAAAAUUAAAAAAAAGAAUGGCUGUCAUGAACUUCCAGUGGAAUGCAAUGAGUGUUUUUCACAAUCUGGAUGUGAUCAUGUCUUGUACUAGCAUUAUUAUAAUUUAUUUGUCUGUGGGGUUACUAAUCAGUGUUCAAAAGUAAGAACUAGACUAUCUUUGCAUUUGCAAAAUUGCAUUUGAUGUCAUACAUCAGUAGGCUUGAAACCGAAGAACCUUUUCCAGCAAGUCUUCCUUGCAGACCUUACAGUAUAGAAAAUUACAGAACAGGUAGCAAAAACAACAUACAGAUCUCCCUACCUGUUGCGCAGCCCCUUAGUCUUAUCUUGAGGAUUAUUCUUCUCACAUAAGUGAUCUCAGAGUGAUUUCAGUUUAAGUAAUAUAGAUAGAUGUGCUCACACACACACACAGACUCUACACUUCCGCAGUUUGUGUUAUCUCUGAAUUUAUUUCAGUACAUUUUGAAGUGGGAGUGGGGUUUGUGUACACAAGAAAUGAUGUACAGCCAAAGCAGUUAUGAAACCUGCUUUUUGUCUUUUUCACAUUAAAUGAUUUGAAAACAUACAAUCAAAA